AUGAAUCCUCUGGAGUUACGGGAGACUGCAACCCAGUCUGAGGUGACCAGUGACUCCCAGCACGAUGUUCCCUCUGAGGCCCAGAGUUCCACCGUGAAGAGGAAGACCAGGGCGUCCAAACGUCACACUGGCUUUGCUAACCAGGUAGACUUCACCCAUGAAGCUGAUGAGUCUGAGUCCUGCUGUUCUGUUGUAUCAGAUAUGGAGGUUAUACCCGACAAACAGCCAGCUCGCAGGGGCCGAAGGAUAGCCACAGGCGGGGCGCAGCCUGACGCAAUAAAAGAAGAGAAUGUGUCUGAGGUAGACUCUUGUUCCUCCUCAGUGUCUGGCUACAGAGGACCAAACAUUCGCGGAGCUCCCAGGACUCUGAGGAAGACUGUUCUCAAAGACUACCAGCAUGACCAGGAGCACAAGGACUACUUCAAACGGAAACCACCGAUGGCUCCAAGUCCCCUCUACUUCACAGGAGAAGCAGAGGGGUGGUUAAAGCAGUUCCCUGUGACCUCCAGACUUGUGACUCAGGGCUUUGAGUCUGGGCCAAGUAUGACUCCCAGGAGGUCCACUCGCAGGUGGCCUGUUCCUAAACGGACAUGCACCACUGUAAUGGACACUGAGUCUGACCAGACUGAUGUGUAUAUCCCUCUGCGUAGCUCGGUGAUAGGCAGGGGCACCCCCUGUAGUAGUCGCACUGGAUCCAACCGCAGUUCCAGGGCAGUUCCACUUACCCGGCUAACAGCCAAGGUCCUGGAUAUACUAGUUGAGAAAUCACGAAAAGUGGGUGAAGAAAAGAUAAUCCUUGAGGAUCAGGAUGUAGUGAUUGAUGAGCCAGAGCCCAUCCAAGUUCCAAAAUCUGCUCUGGAGCAAACUGGGAGUGUGACAGUCUCUCAGGAUGCAGAGGUCACUAGUGUUCAACAGGAGUCCGUUGAGACAACCGUCUGUGAAGAGCCAGAAAAGAAUACCUCUGAGGCGGAUGUCCCUGCUCAGCAAAACAUCCUAAAAGAUGAGAAAGUGAUCCCAGCAGAGUCUGAAGUCAGAGUAUCAGUCUGUGAGAGUGCUGAUGCAGAGAUGGCUGAGGCCCUCUGUGAGCCUGCAGUGGAAUCAGAAGACCAGCAGAGGGAGCUGUCCACUGAGGAUGCAGCAGAUGCGGAUGCCCCAGUGAUAAUAGAACAGGAGUCGAUAACACCAGCUGAUGCGCAAGUCUCUCUCGAUCAUACAGUAAAAGUAACGGUGUGUGAAAAUGCAAUGUCCCCUGUUAUAGUGGUGUCUGAGGAAAAGGCCAUAGAUGUAAACCCCCACACAGGUCCUCCAUCGGAAGUAGACAGCCAGGAAUGUAAGGCAGUGCCUAGUGAGGAGACUAUGGAUAGGAUCCCAGAGGACACGGUCAUUAUACAGAAAUCUGGCGUGAUCAGUUUACUGGAAAGCAGUGAUAACAAUAGCCAGCAUUCUGAGGAGGAAGGGGAUGGUCUUGAUGGUGAAGAGGAAGCUGUCUGUAUAGAGGAUGAAGAGGAUGCAGACCCAUCCAGACGUCAAGCUGCUGCUGCUCAGGCCUCGGCUCCUGAUGGCCUGUUUGUCAUAGACACCCGGCCUGGCCUUCAGUCAGAUGAACUGUACUACGAGGAUGAGAAGGAAAAGGAGGGGGACACUGCUGGUGACACGGAGGCCAUUGAAGAGCAAGAUCAGGAAGAAUGUGUUGAUCAGGAGGGAGACUAUGAUAAAGAUGCACAAGUCCUCUUCACAAGCAGAAAUCCACAAUUGAAAGAGUUGUCCAGCCGCAUUGACCCAGGCCUGAGAUUGAAGGAGCUUGGGGGAUUAUACAUCAAUUUUGAUGGCAGCAAAUCAAAGACUGUCUCUAACUCCCUGAAAAAACUAAAGGAACAGAAGAGCCAAGAUGAGCUUGAGAAGAAAGAUGCUGUGCCUCCAUACAGGGAGUCCAAACAGGCUGUGAAACUGAAGCGCAAAGAGAGGGACUUGACAACUGGAGCCAGGUGGUUUAACAUGCGGGCUCCUGAAAUGACAGAGUAAUUAAAGGGCGACCUCAAAGCACUGAAAAUGCGUGGAGCAAUGGACCCCAAGUGGUUUUACAAGAAGAACCAUAGAGAUGGAUUCCCCAAGUAUUUCCAGGUCAUAGUAGAAAGCCCUGUGGACUUCUAUCAUUCCCGUGUCCUGAAGAAAGACCGGAAGAGAACCAUGGUGGUGGAGUUGCUUGCUGAUGCAGAGUUCAGACAAAACACCAACAGAUCAUGACAGAAAAAGCAGCCAUUGGUGCUGGCAAGAAGAAUAAUAAUUCAGUCACUCACUUUCUGAACUUGAGACCAUUAUAUGUUAAUGCCUGAAUGAAACCUGUUAAACACACAGUACCAUUUUUAAAGUGUCUGAGAGUCGAUGCAUCUGUUAAAUGUUUUAUUAACAUGAACAAUGGAGCAACAGAUUUUAUGACUUUGUAAUUCAAAGGUUUUUUUAUCUUUAUCACAUUUUUGGGAAACAAUAAAAGUACCUUACUGUGA